UCUCUCUUUCUCUCUCUCUCUCCCUCUCUCCACCAGUCACGUCGUGCACGAGGACAAUCCUCUGAGAGCUCCCUCCAUCUGAGCCUUGGGUCGCGCGCUGUCCUCUCGGGCACGAGCACGCGGUUCGGUUUAGUUUAUUUCUUUGUUUUAACGCUGCGUGUCUUUUAACGUCAGAACCCGCGAGCGAAGCUUUCGUGCGUGACGUCAUCUCUAACGGAAUAGGGGACGCUAGACCGCGCGUGACUCUUCAUGUCGGAUGUUUCCGGUGACCGGUAGUUCUUCUGUCCGGUACCGGGACCUGAAGAGCUGGUCUCUGAUUGGUCCACCUCUCUUACCUGCGUGGGUCCCGGGUUAAAGCUGAAGAUGAUAACCCGGGUCAGCCUGGUUCUUCUGUCCUGGUUGUUAACAUGGAGCAGAGCUCAGCAGAUGGAUUCUAACAGCUGGAUGUCCAAUGGUCUCUGUCGCUAUGGCAACAGCGUGGACUGUUGCUGGGGCUGGACACAGACGGACGGAGGACGUUGUCAACCUCACUGUCAGCAGGGCUGUAAACAUGGAGAGUGUGUCGGACCAGACAGAUGUAAAUGUCACGCCGGAUACAGUGGCAAGGCCUGUAACCAAGAUCUGAACGAGUGUGGUCUGAAGCCUCGGCCCUGUAAACAUCGCUGCAUGAACACACCGGGCAGCUACAAGUGUUACUGUCUGGACGGAUACACACUGCAGCCGGAUGGCAGCUGCAAGAAUACACUGACCUGUUACUAUGCCAACUGUCAGUAUGGCUGUGCGGUGUCAAAGGGGAGGGUCCUCUGCACCUGUCCAUCGCCAGGGUUACGGCUGGGACCAGACAGACGAACCUGUAUCGACAUUGAUGAGUGUGUGUCUGGCGGUGGUGUGUGUCCUCGUCGCAGGAAGUGCGUGAACACAUUCGGCAGCUUUUUGUGUAAAUGUCACCUCGGCUUCAAACUCACGUACAUGAACGGACGCUACGUGUGCAUCGAUAAAGACACUCGUCCAUUCUGCUCUCUGAACCCGUCCUCUCCCAAGUGCAGGUGUAAAGAUGGCGGCUGUGAAGCUCUACCCAGAGUCACUCUGGAGCCUCCAAGACCAAGAACUACAAUUCCCAUCAUCCCCCUCUCCACUGCUGCUCCUCCUAUAACUACUACAGCUCAGCCUGUCACCACCACCACCUCAGCAGCAACUACUCUACCAGCUACGUCUGCAGCUACAACUACCACCGCAGUACCGACUACUACCACUACUACACCUGUUACUACCACUACUAUGCCUGAUACUACUACACAUGUUACUACUUCACCUAAAACUACAACUGAGACUACUACACCUGUUACUACUACACCUGUUACUACUACACCUGUUACUACUACACCUGUAACUACACCUGAUACUACUACCAUAUCUCUUACUACACCUGUUAUUACUACACCUGUAACUACACCUGAUACUACUACACAUUUAACUACACCUGAUACUACUACCACACCUGUUACUACUACACCUGUUAUUAUUACUACUACACCUAAUACUACUACACCUGUUACUACCACUACUACACCGGUUACUACCACUACUACACCUGAUACUACUACACCUGUUACUACUACACCUGUAACAACACCUGAUACUACCACACCUGUUACAACAACUGAAACUACUACACCUGUUACUAUACCUGUUACUACUACACCUGUAACUACACUUGUAACUACACCUGAUACUACUACUACACCUGAGACUACACCUGUAACUACACCUGAUAUUACUACAACACCUGUAACUACACCUGCCAUUACAACACCUGUGACUAUACCUGCCACUACACCUGAUACUACUACACCUGUAACUACUACACUUGUAACUUCACCUGAUACUACACCGACGCUGCCCACCACCUUCUCCAUGGUAACGACUACAUUGAACAACAGGAUCAACAAAGACGUGACACUCAAGCAGAGAGGAGACGUGCACAUCCCUCGACAUCCCGACGUCAACCAGUUGUGGGAGUUUGAUAUCGAGCUCGGAAACAUCUCUGACGACGCCAAAGACGAUCCUGAUGCUGGUGUGGUCCACUGUACCUUCAACCACGGACUAUGUGAUUGGUUGUCAGACAGAGAGGGAGAUCUUCACUGGGAAACAUCUCAUAACCCUGCAGGUGGACAAUACCUUUCCGUCCCAGAGCUGAAGGCAGGACAGAGGAGCAUCCGCGGCGCCCGAUUGGCUGUCCAAAUCCUCCCAUCCUGGAGCCACGGUGACCUGUGUUUCUCCUUCUCCCAUUGGCUAACAGGGCAUCAUGUGGGCGUGCUGCAGCUGUUCACCAGGAAGAGAGGACGAGGUCAAAGAUAUAGCCCCGCCCUCUGGAGCAGGACAGGUGGACACGGCUGGAGACACACACAGGUUACCUUGACAACACAUCAUCUGGACAGGGUGUUGUUAAAGGCGGAGCGACGAGUCGGACGGCGAGGACAAAUCGCUGUCGAUGAUGUCAGUCUGAGGCAGGGGGCGUGUCGAUGAUGUCACUCUGAGGCAGGGGGCGUGUCGAUGACAUCCCCUGACACUGAGUGGUUGUCGCUGAGCGAAGUGGAUUUAACCACCUACGUUUUGUACAGUGUAAAGAACCGAGCAGCUUCGGGGGGGGAAACGUAACCCUGAAACGUUAAAAGUUCAUCGCUGAGAUUUAAUGAUUGAAUAUGUAAAUGAGUCUUAAAUUAAAUAUCUGAUAAUUUACAAGAACUUCCAGAACGUAAAUGUGGACACGACAGAGUAUUAUGGCCACUUAUUACUGUUAUGUCAUAAAAUUACAACUUUAAUCAAGUAAAACUAUGAUUUUAAUUAAUUGACACUCUGUCGUUAGCACUGAAUAAAACCAGGUUCAAUCUUUUGAUUCAUGUUGUUGACAUUUUAGAGUCACAGGUUUUUACAGAGGAGAUUUGUAUUGAUCUGUUUUUAUCUCUUCAUUACUCUGCAAAUAUUGUCAAUGUUUUUCAUGUUUUUUUUAAAUAAAAUGUUUCUAUAAAUCA